AUGUUGGCUGAUUUGACGCUUGUGAACUGCUAUGCAAGAAAUGGAAUGGAUCCUAGAACAAGGGAUCGUAUACUUUUAGAGAGUGCUAAGAACAACUUGAGAAAUAUGGCUUUUUUUGGAAUAAAGGAACGAAUGGACGAUAGUCAAGUAAUGUUCGAACGCUUAUUCAAUCUCAGCUUUAACAAAAGACUAUCAGCAUGGAACAGAAGUAAGUCCAAUGAUACGGACGUUACUCCCGACCAGCUGAGAAUUAUUCGAGAACAUAAUGAGUUGGACAUACAGCUCUAUGACUACGCUUUGCAGCUCUUCGAACAUCGGCUGGCAAUUUUUAUGAACCGAUCUGCACCUGUGGAUCCAGAAGCGGCCGUCCAUUUAACCCCAUUUGAAUUCAAUUCACUGUCGGAUCAUAAAGAAGUGCAGUUCAUUCGCAAUAACGACCUUCAGCAUGAACAUAUAUCUCGCAAGUCAAAGAACAACAUUCUAAACAAUGCCGAGUACGAGAGUGAUUACGAUGAUGCCCACACUUCAGAAGAAAAUGUAAACAUCGAAUUUGAACGGGUUUGA